AUGUCGCUUGAUACACAAGCACGUGGAGACCCGCCGCACCCUAGUGGAAGACAAGUGAAAAACCUUAAGGCCGAAUGGUACUAUUCCGAAGAUAAUGUGACAGUCAACCUCACAGAUGAAGGAAAGAAGCAUUGGAUGUACGUCUACGUUAGGGACUGGACGUCGAUGGAAGUCAUAUUUGAGAAAAUUCGCUGUCGAAAAAAUCAAACAGAACCUAAGGGUCAAUAUCAUCGCAGGCUGUGCGUGAAUGGCACGCUUUUCAUCAGAAAUGCCACUGUUCGAGACACUGGCUAUUACUAUAAAGUAGAAAGUCCUAAAGGGGGUAACGGCUCGUACUCUGAUUUGAAGGAUGAUGAAAAGCUCGUAUUCGGCAAAACACGAGUGUUCGCGCUUGUCGUGUAUCCAGAAACGAGGGCAGAAGUAGAAAGGCAAAAGCAACUUGCAGAGUAA